GUGAGACUGUGACACAGGCAUCAGCCCGAGAGAGGAAGCUAGCGCUUCACUCGUCUCAUUCCUGCAAAGAAGAAGUGCUACUUUUCAUCAAGGGAUCGUGAGUGAGAGAGCAGUGCAGUGUUUUUCAGAGAUCAAAAGCUAGGUUUUAUAUAUACCUUCAGGAAAUCUUAGACAGAGAAUAUGGGAGGUGGUAGUCGGAUGUCUGCUCCUAUCGUCAGCAAGAAAUCCGAUGAAAGCAAGCCGGCUGAGAGCCUUAAACGAGUACCCCAAACAAAACCUCCAUUCACCCUUGCCCAACUUAAGAAAGCCGUCCCUUCCCAUUGCUUUCAACGCUCGCUUCUUCGCUCUUUCUCCUAUGUUAUCUUCGACAUCUCUUUAAGCAUUAUCUUUUUAUCGGUUGCCAUCUCCUGCUUCCAUCUCCUCCCUUCCCCUCUCACCUACUUCGCAUGGCCGCUCUACUGGUCUCUCCAAGGUUGCAUUCUCACCGGUGUUUGGGUCAUUGCCCAUGAAUGCGGUCACCACGCUUUUAGUGACUAUCAGUGGGUGGAUGACACUGUUGGCUUCAUUCUUCAUUCUGCACUUCUAGUUCCAUAUUUUUCCUGGAAAAUCAGCCAUCGCCGCCAUCACUCUAACACAGGGUCACUUGAACGUGAUGAGGUGUUUGUUCCUAAACCCAAGUCCAGAGUUCCAUGGUAUUCCAAGUAUCUGAAUAACCCACUAGGCCGAGGUUUGACACUUGCAGCCACGCUUCUCAUUGGGUGGCCUUUAUACUUAGCCUUCAAUGUCUCAGGAAGACCAUAUGAUCGCUUUGCUUGUCACUAUGAUCCCUAUGGUCCUAUUUAUUCUGACAGGGAAAGGCUUCAGAUAUUCAUUUCCGAUAUUGGGAUUUUCGCUGCAAGUUACGUUCUCUAUCAGAUUGUCAUGGCAAAAGGUCUGGCUUGGUUGAUAUGUAUUUAUGGGGUUCCAUUGCUUAUCGUCAAUGCUUUCCUUGUGACCAUCACAUACUUGCAGCACACUCACCCUGCACUUCCACACUAUAACUCCUCUGAAUGGGACUGGAUGAGGGGGGCUUUGUCGACUGUGGAUCGUGACUACGGGGUACUGAACAAGAUUUUCCAUAAUAUUACAGACACCCACGUAGUUCACCAUCUCUUCUCCACAAUGCCACAUUAUAAUGCAAUGGAGGCUACCAAAGCAAUCAAGCAUAUAUUGGGUGAGUAUUACCAGUUUGAUGCUACUCCAAUUUACAAAGCAUUAUGGAGGGAGGCAAAGGAGUGUCUGUAUGUUGAGCCGGACGAUGGAGCCCCCAACCAAGGUGUUUUCUGGUAUCGGAACAAGUUUUGAUAUAUAUAUAUAUAUAUAUGUAUAUAUGCAUCACGCAGGAAGUGUAUGUAUGGAGUAUUGUGUUAAUAAUGAAGAAGAAAAGAGGAAGAAUAGGGACAAAGGUUGCUUUCUUUAGAGGAAACUGCUGUUUGAGCUAAGUUUGUUAAUGAGACUAGAACUUUUUAACUAUGUUCAAAGUUUAGUUUCUAAGCCA